AUGCCUUGUCUGGGUCUUGGCAGCGCCAGGGACUACAAGGUGUCGCUUCCAGCUGUGGAGGAGGACCGAAGACCUGACCAAAUUGCGCUCGAUGAUCGCUGGGGCGUUUGGGAGGCGAGAAGCUGCGAUGCUUCAAUUCACGUGGUCCGUCUUCAUCUUGCCGGAGAGGAGGUUCUGAGCUGCUUUUCAACAAGGGAGGACGCUCUGGCCUUCCAGCUUGAGCAGCUGCAUUCAAAGCUUUCAUGGCCACGCCAAGUGCUUGACCAGUUGCCAGAAAGAUCUCGGAUGUGGGAUCACCCGGAGGAGCUGGAGGUGCAGAAGCAGUACGCAUUUCGCGACGUCACCCUUGCAAGAAAGGAUUUGGUUGAAGACCCUGCCGAAGGUCAUGCGCUGACACUUACCCAGUUGGAGUCGUACCGGGACCGUGGCUUCCUGUUGGGUUUGCAGAUCCUGGAUGGUGAGGAUCUGGCCAGUGCCCAGCGAGACUUCGACGACAUGCUGGCAGAGCGCACAGACAGGGCGCCCGUCACGGACUCAGGGAGGUGGUUUGCUGCAGGAGUGCACAUCGAGCUGUGGGUUUUUUCGCACGAAAUGAAUCUUUUGUAUGUCAUGAAGCUUGUGACACUUGCCUGCUUUCUUUGGUGUGUUUUUGUUUCCUUAAUUCCCAUCUAUGCCAAGCGCGUUUUUGAUGGUGGCUUUGGAUUCGGCAAGUUUCCAUACCCAUGCUUCGCUGCGCACAUGCAGCUGGCUGCUGCAAGCCUCCUGCUUGGCAUGGUCCAUCUCUCGCAGUACACAAUGGCCUGCACCGCCAGCAACAGGUCAGGCCAAGCAUCAUGGCUUCUCGGGCCCCACUUGUGCUUCAAGUUGAAGUACGCAAGUCCACCAGGCAUGGCUUUCGGGUUCAAGUAUGCAGUCACGAAUGUGGCCUUGUCACUGGUGGAUAACUCUACGCAUGUGCUCCUGGGUGCAACUGAGCUACUCUGGGUCUUGGCCCUGGCAGUUACGAUCAACUCGGAGCGACCGGGUGUUCUGGAAGUGAUGGCCGUCCUGGUAAGCUUGGCCGGUAACAUCAUUGUGGCCUUGGGCCUGGCAACUGGCAUCGAUGCACCCUUUUGGCCUCUGUUCCUGAACCUCUUGGCUCCCUUCAUCGGAGCUCUCUGCAUCUCAACGCUUCGGAAGGGUGUGGCCGGCCUCUUUGACCCAGGGAACAGGCUGGGCGGUACAACGAGCCUGGUCGAGUUCACGGUUCUGAAAUUGGCGGUGGCCUCGUUUGCCGCUUUUGUCUCAGCCAUGGUGUUGGAGAGCGGACUCUGGUCUUUUCAGAAAAAUCCAGACCCUUGGUGGAGAGCACUGGCUGCCUACCCUGUGGCCGGUGUGGCGACAAUACUGGCCAGCGGCGUGUUGACUUCCGUUCUUCAUGUCACACUUGCUUGGUUGGCGUGGCUAACAUCGGCCAUGGCAGUUGGUCUUCUUGGCGAGGUCAAAGUUUUACCUCAAUGGUCCCUCAAUCAAAUCUUCGGAACCAAGCAUGCGCUUUCAUCUUCCUAUCUACUAGGUGCCGGACUGGGCAUUGCUGGAGCGUUGCUGUAUGCUGCUGCCAACCUGAUAGCUCAAACGCGAGGCAAGCUGAUCCUCAAUACAUCCGGGUUCUCAUUUCAGCCCAGGGAGGAUGCCAAGCCGCAGCAAAGCCCCUCGGCAGAGAUGUACAUAGCGAGCUCACCCUCUAGUCGGUCAGGCACAGAGUCACUCACUGGCGUGGAGGCCUUGGUGCAGAAGAUGGCGACCAGCCCCAGGGUUUUGGCCAUCGUCCAGGACAUCCUGGGGCCACAAUUCUGCUGCUGGAGCGCUCACCUCUUUUGCAAGCUGCCCGGGGAUCCGACCUCCCAGCCGUGGCACCAGGAUGCGGGCUUCUGGCCUUUGUCGGAGUCGCGGGCGGUGACCUUGUGGAUCGCUUUCGAUGACGUGGACGAGUCCAAUGCGGCCGUUCAUUUCAUAGAGGGCAGUCACCGCUUUGGACGAUUGCCAUGGAAGGCAACAAAUACCACCCACCACCUGCUGACGCAGGAGAUCCCGGAUGUAGAGCUCCUGGGUGCGCAGGUUCCGCAAAGGCUACAUGCCGGAGAAGCGUCGUUGCAUAGUGACUUGACUGUGCACGGCAGCUUUGGCAAUCACAGUGAUCGGCGACGAGCUGGACUUGCGCUGCGUUUCGUGGGCUGCGAUGCCACCUGCCUGGGUGCGAUGCUGAACGGCUUCCAGAUGAACAGCGCUUGCAUUUUGCCCAGGGGCAAGCACUCAGAUCCUCGAGGCCACUGGAAGGCCUUGAAGCGAAGGUCCGGUAAUGAACGCAGAAGGCAGCGCCCGUCGCUUGAUCCAUGCUCACCACACGCCCCUCGUUGCAGAGUUGUAUGCUGA